CGAAUUUCUCUUAUCUCUAUGAUCCGAGCCGUGGCGGCCAUAUUGUCUUUUAAUGCGGUUCCGUCGCAUAAACAGCGACAGCGUCCAAACUUCCCGGCGAAAACCACCGCGGUUUUUUUUUUGUUGUCAGCGUUUUAAUCGGAGAGUAGCUGGAUUUAGCCUUCGUGGAAGGCGCCCGAGGGCAGGGGUUUGGGGGAAAAUGCGGUGACAGUUGACGACGGAGCCGGACAGUCUGCAAGCGGCGCUUCGCGAGCUCGGCGUGGUUACCAAUGGUAACGGGGCGACGCUCGCUCGCGCCGGGAUGUGCUUAGCCCAACGGUAUGCACUGUGUGGUGUGGGUGACAGCCGAGCCACGGUGGCCAUCUCAACAUCUCCAGAGAUAAAUCUGUUUCAUUUGAAUUCGCAGGCUUCAAAGCAGAAGAAAACAUCUAAGGGUGCCUUCGAUGACGUGCUGAGCGACCUCUUGGCCGAUGACGGCGACCCUCCGAGGAGAACCCGCACCCCAGCCCGAGCACUGGGGCCAGGGAGAGGGGGGGCCCCGCCUUCCCACGGCGGUAAACGGUCCUUGCUGGAUGAUGACUUUUUCAGCAAGCUGGCGGAGGAAGCAGAGAAGGAUGAUGAGGUGUCUGACGUCUCGGAGGCUGAUCCCUUGGCUUUACUAGGUAGCAUGAAGGACAUGGACGACAUGGACGCCGAUCUCUUUGGUACGAAGAAGAAGCCGAGUUCCGCCCCUAGUCAGGCUGGUGGGAGGGGCUCUGGAAUUCGGGGUCCGAAGAAUUUGGAGGAGUCCCCCAAACCUGGAGAGAGACUGAGGGUCAGCGAAACAGAAGACACCGGUACCGAAGACAGGAAGUCUAGCUCGGCUCCUGCUGCCUCAGCCCGUGGAUACAGGAAGUUCAGCUUCGCUGAUGAUGAUGACAUUAACAGCUCAGAUCCUGGCAGAAAAGACACCGAUGAUCCUUUUUCAGGCCUUCUGGAUGACCUCCCAGGAGAAAGGAAGGACUCUGAUAGGAAAGCUGGUCCAUCUGCCUCUGAGGCACCCAGCACCAAAAAGGAGGAGACAGCGCCCCCUGCUGGGACGGGCUCUCACCCGAAGAAGCGCGACGAGCUGACAUUCGACGAGGACGGAGACGAGCUGAUAGACGCGCUCGGUUUUGACGAGAGUCCCAGGGGCAGAGGAGGAGUGCUGGAAAGAAAGACACAACGUGACAACCCACAGCCUGCCCGUACCAAGCUCGAUGAGAUCCUGGGACGAGGGACAGCCCCUCGCCUCCUAGAGCGCCCCCCUACUGGUGAGAAGAAAGAACUGCAAGCAGAAAAGAAUCCCACUGUGAAAGAACCUGUUUUAGGGGAAGACGAAUUCAUGUUUGGCUCAUACAUGCCCACAAUGGCAUCCACCCCAGAAGGCAGGCAGUCUCGCAGGCAGUCAGUCAGGUUUUCUACUGAAGACGUCAGUGGGGUGUCGCCAGACAAGAAAUCCAAGCCUCCCACCCCAGGAACGCCACGUGCCAAUAAGACGGCAGCGGAUUGGCUGGGGCUCAAGCAGGAAGAGGAGGAGAAAGUAGAGGAGCCUGCAUUGGAAAGUCUGAAACCCCCCGUCUCUCCUAGCACCUCAGUGGGGAACAGGACCCCCAUAUCAGCCAGCCGCCCCCCUUCUGGGGCCAAGGCCACCGACACCCCCUCAGCUUCUCCCUCUAGUGCUAAAACCAGCCAACCAGCACGCAGGCCUGAGGCAUCGGCCCCUCCGGAGGAGGAGGAUUGGCUGGCAGGAACUUUGACCCGGAAGAAGAGUCCGGGUGUGGUCAGGGCCGACAACAAGAAGACUGGGCAGCAGGACUUCCUGGGGCCCGGAGAAGAAGUGGACCUUGACACCUUUCUCGGCAAGCGCAGCUCCUCUCCAGCAGUGAGAAGAGGAGCAGAGGAGUCCCCAGGCCCCAGUAAGGAACACAGUUCUCCGCUGCCGUGGGAGAAUCCUCGCAGGCAGACCACCCCGCCGCCCCCUCCUCCUCCUCCUGCUGCCCCCGGGAGAGAAGACCGGCCCAAAGCAGAAAGAAUAUCCUACUUUGUCCAGCACUUCUCUACUGGCUCUCCUGCCGCCCCUUACCCUGCUAGCACACCCUCAUCUGUGCCGCUUCCUGCUGAGAAUGUACAGGGAACUGGGCACCCCCCAGUACACUGGGCUCAUCCUUCCCUGCUCCGAUCAGGUGCAUCUGUCUCAGUGUGGUGUCUCCCACAGUCCCAGCAUCCUCCAUUGCCAGCACAGAGACAGGUUGAGGGCAACACCCCUGCAGCCAUGCCCCAGCAGGUGACUCUCUCUGCAGACAGUCUUCAGCAGCUCCUGCUGCAGCAGCAGCUGGUGCAGUCCCAGCUGUGGGGGCUCGGGGGCGUGGCCCUGCAGAAGCAGCUGAGGGAGGGCGAGCUGCACCCUGGGGAGCAGGUGUCUGAAGCCCGCCUCAUCCAGCUGGAGGGCCAGGUUCGGAAGCUGCAGCUGGAGCGGGAUCAGGCCCAGAUGUUGUUGGAAAGCGUGCAGCAGAGGCACAAGCAGGACUUGGAGCUGAUGGAGAGCACUCACAGGUGCACGAGUGACCUAGCCAGAUCUCAAUCUAGACAGCGGGACGCUCACCUGCGGCAGGAGAACGAGGACCUGCAGGAGCGGCUGGCCGGCCUGGCCCGGCUGGGGGAGCAGGAGCGCGCCGGGCUGCAGGCGCAGUAUCAGCAGCGGCUGGCCAAGGCGCAGCAGGAGAGGGACCGGGAGGUGGAGAGGCUGCGGGAGCUGCAGAGGAAGUCGAUCUUGGAGAUGAAGAAGGACCACGAGGUGCAGGUGCAGCGUCUGAAGAGGCUGAAAGAUGAGGAGAUUGAUGCAGUGACCAGCGCUACCUCCCAGACCAGGUCCCUGACGGGAGUCAUCGAGCAGAUGGAGCACUUCUCGCACAGGCUGGGAGAGCUGUCGUCCCGCGUGGAGAGCACCCACGAGCACGCAGCGCAGGGGCUGGAGGUGGGGGCGCGCCACAGAGACGAGCAGCUCAGAGUCCUGCAGGACAGGCUGAGCCAGCAGCAGAGGGACAUGGCCGGGGAGCGGGCGCGGAUGGAGGAGGUCAUCGCCAGGAUGGAGACGCGGCUGGCGGAGCAGCAGAGGCAGCUGGAGAAGGAGCGGUGGAAGGUCACAGCAGAGCAGGCGAAGGCCGAGUCCGCGUUGAGGGUGCUGGAGGAAGAGCGGCGGACCCUGACCCAGAACAUCACCAUGGAGAGGGAGGAGCUCCAGAGGGCAAAGAGCGCUCUGCUGGAGGAGCAGCAGGCCGUCAUGCAGCGCUGUGCCGAAGAGCGCAGGAGGCUGGCCGCGGAGUGGGCGGAGCUGCACGCCAAGGAGAAGCUUGUCCAGGAGCGGGCUGAGCGGGACAGCAACCGGGCGCUGGAGAGGGACGCCCACCGGGAGGGCUCCAUCAUCAGCCUGGCGCAGGAGCAGGCGGAGCUGAAGCUGAGGGCCGGCGAGCUGAAGCUGCGGGAGGAGGCAGCGUGCCGGGACAGGGAGGCGCAGCAGAGGGAGAGCGAGGAGCUGCAGCGGGAGAAGGACAGGCUGAGCGGAGCAGCUCUGCACCUCAAGACCCGGGCGGAGCAGGUGGAGGCCUUCAGCAAGCUGGCCGCUGAGAAGUACGAGGAGGGAGAGCGCGCGCUGCAGGAGGCCAGGCAGGUCGCUUCCGAGCACCAAGCCCGGCUGCGCGGCAUCCACCAGCAGAUGGAGCGGCUGCGGCAGCAGGAACAGCACCUCCACCAGGAGCGCAUGAGGCUGACUGAGCAACGCAGGGACCUGGAGCAGCUGAGGCAGGGCCUACCGGUCACCCCACUGCUGCUGCCCCAAGCACCCACCCUGCCCGGUUUCGCUCCAGCGUUUACCAGUACCCAGCUGCUGGUCCCCCGGGAAGCCCUGCGCCCCCUCUCUCUCCCCGACACCGCCCCCGAGCUGCAGGCCAGGCUUGCUCUGCUCCGACACACUGCAGAGAAGGACAAGGAUUUCCUCCAAGAUGAGCAGUUUUUCCUGGAGACUUUGAAGAAGGCACCAUACAAUUCCGCCUUUCACACUGCAUGACUGUCCAGGGGCCAUCCUCAUGCCAUUUUUUUUAAAUCUUUUAUACAAUAAAAUUUGUAGAGAAUUUUCUUAAAA